GUACGUCAUCUUUGCGCGACGUUCGGUUUGCUGUGUGCGUCGCCGGCUCUUUGAGGGUCCAUGUGAUUUUUACGCCAGCGCUGCUGAACUGUGCAGGAUAGGGAGCUGGCAAGUCCGAUUAAUUGUCUUUGGGUCGAGGUGUCUCGUCGGACCCUUUGGGGCUCAGUGGAGAAUUAAGGCAAAGUCACUGUAAUUAUUUCUAAUACCAAUUCCAAAAUAGUGACUCUUGGACAGUAGCGCAAUUAUAUGGAAUUAUGGCUGGUUAUAAGCCUGUAGCUAUUCAGACAUAUCCUAUACUUGGUGAAAAAAUCACCCAAGAUACACUGUACUGGAACAACUAUAAGACCCCUGUUCAGAUUAAGGAAUUUGGUGCAGUUUCAAAAGUAGACUUUUCUCCUCAGCCUCCAUAUAAUUAUGCUGUCACAGCUUCCUCAAGAAUUCACAUUUAUGGCCGAUACUCCCAAGAACCUAUAAAAACCUUUUCUCGAUUUAAAGACACAGCAUACUGUGCUACUUUUCGACAAGAUGGUAGAUUGCUUGUGGCUGGCAGUGAAGACGGUGGAGUUCAACUUUUUGAUAUAAGUGGGAGGGCUCCCCUCAGGCAGUUUGAAGGCCAUACAAAAGCAGUUCAUACAGUAGAUUUUACAGCUGACAAAUAUCACGUGGUCUCUGGGGCCGAUGAUUAUACAGUUAAAUUAUGGGAUAUUCCAAACUCCAAAGAAAUUUUGACAUUUAAAGAGCAUUCUGAUUAUGUGAGGUGUGGAUGUGCUAGCAAACUUAAUCCGGAUCUCUUUAUAACAGGAUCAUAUGAUCAUACUGUGAAGAUGUUUGAUGCACGAACGAGUGAGAGUGUUCUCUCUGUUGAGCAUGGGCAGCCAGUGGAGAGUGUCCUACUUUUCCCCUCUGGAGGUCUUCUGGUGUCAGCAGGAGGUCGUUAUGUUAAAGUCUGGGACAUGUUAAAAGGAGGACAAUUGCUAGUAUCUUUGAAAAAUCAUCACAAAACCGUGACAUGUUUAUGUCUAAGCAGCUCUGGACAGAGGUUACUCUCUGGCUCACUGGAUAGGAAGGUGAAAGUAUACAGCACAACUUCCUACAAAGUAGUCCACAGUUUUGAUUAUGCAGCUUCAAUUUUGAGUCUUGCCCUUGCACAUGAAGAUGAGACAAUAGUUGUAGGAAUGACCAAUGGAAUACUGAGUGUUAAACAUCGGAAAUCUGAAGCAAAGAAGGAAUCGCUUCCCAGAAGAAGAAGGCCUGCAUAUCGAACCUUUAUUAAAGGAAAAAAUUACAUGAAGCAACGGGAUGACAUUUUGAUUAACAGGCCAGCAAAGAAACACCUAGAAUUGUACGACAGGGAUCUGAAACAUUUUCGGAUCUCUAAGGCACUCGAUAGAGUUCUUGAUCCCACUUGUGCAAUAAAGACACCCGAGAUUACGGUGUCCAUCAUAAAGGAGUUAAAUCGAAGAGGAGUCCUUGCAAAUGCGCUUGCAGGUCGGGAUGAGAAGGAAAUCAGUCAUGUUCUUAAUUUUUUGAUAAGGAAUCUUUCUCAGCCAAGAUUUGCCCCUGUUUUAAUCAAUGCUGCUGAAAUAAUUAUUGAUAUAUAUCUGCCUGUAAUUGGUCAGUCCCCUGUAGUUGAUAAAAAGUUUUUACUACUUCAAGGACUUGUAGAAAAAGAGAUUGAUUACCAGAGAGAAUUGUUAGAAACCUUGGGGAUGAUGGAUAUGCUUUUUGCCACCAUGAGAAGGAAGGAAGGCACUUCUGUGUUGGAACAUACACCUGAUGGAUUUCCAGAGAAUAAGAAGAUAGAAUCCUAGUGUCUGCUAAAUAAGACAUGUAAGAACUCUGAAGUUGGAAUAGAUUUGACUGUAUUAAAUGUUGGCAAGAGACUUUCUCUGAUACAUUAAAAAAACUAUUUGCAGAAGCAGUUCUAUGGAAGAGAACUGGAAUAAUUAUGGCUGGAAAACAAGUACCUGUUUUAAGUAAGACAUGGUUUUCCAUGUAAUAUUUUGAAUUAUAGCAUCUUCACCUAGAAGAUCUCAAUUGUCCUAGUCACAGAGUAGGUUUAUCUGGGAUGGAUGUUAAUUUUAGUACAGGAGUGUUCUGUAUCAACAUUUGGGUUGGUAUUCAGACGGGAAUUCAAAUAUGAAUCCUCUCUGGAGAGGGUCCAACUGGGAAUCCUGCUAAAGGAACAAAGCCUUGUAUUACCUCUGGAAAACAACAAAAACAAUUGGCAGCAACAAAAAGCCUCUUUCUUGACUUUAAUCAGUGCCUUUGGGAUUUCUAGGCCCUUGCUUAGUUUGCUUCCUGUCUCCUUGAUAUCUACACUUGUCUUAGAUCACAUGCCCUGCUUCAGCUGGUAAUGGGACUGCAUCGGUUCCAAGUGUGGCAAGUAAGUGGUCGGCUCUGAAGAACUGACACUAGCUAGAUUUGUAUUCAGAGUGUGAGAGCAAGCUCUACAGAUAGACCUUAUUGGACUGCUUUUUUUUUUUCUUCAUGCAGCCUUUCUACCAAGUUUUCACCUUGUUUCAGGUCAGAGGGAAUGAUAGAAUUUGUCAUUUUUCUUACAUAGCCUUUCAGACUAUUCUUCAUAUGUUUCAAGCUAAUCUUGUAGCUAGCUACCUAAUCCUCUGAAAACUGUUUUCUCUGAUUUGUAUUUAGAUUCCUCCCCCCAUUAUUCACAAUCAUAGUGUGUUUCGGAACCCCAAUCCAGAGCAGUUUGCUUUGAAAAAUAGUUGUUUUUGAAAGUUUAAUGUAAAUAAUUAUUUUUCAGAAGUUUUUUUUUUUUUUUUUUUUUAAAAGACGGGGUCUCACCUUAUCGUCCAGGCUGGCGUGCAGUGAUGCAAUCUCGGCCCACUGCAACCUCUGCCCACCCGGGUUCAAGCAAUUCUCCUGCCUCAGCCUCCUGAGUAGCUGGGAUUACAGGUGUGCACCACCACGCCUAGCUGAUUUUUGUACUUUUAGUAGAGACGGGGUUUCACCUUACUGGCCAGGCUGGUCUCAAACUCCUGACCUCAAGUGAUCUGCCUGCCUCGGCCUCUCAAAAUGCUUGGAUUACAGGCGUGAGCCACUGCGUCCAGCCUAUAACUAUUUUUUUUUUAUAAAGAGAGAUUCUUAUUUUCUUGGCUUUUUGAUGUAUCUGUUCCUGAUAGAUAAUCGUUGGUUAGUAAACUCCUAGUACACUGAUUUCACAGUUGCUACCUCUCUUACCUUUCUCUAAUUAUUACGCCAACUCAAGUAGUUAAAAAUCAGUAAGAAAAAUGUCUUGAGCUAGAAGAACCCAUAGAGGAAGAUUUUGUAAUGCGAAUCCCCUCUCAUAAUUUUAGUUCUGUAAAUUCAGGGUUUUUUUUUUUUAAGCAGAAAAAAUGCUUAAUAUGUUCCAGUAAGGGUAUUAAGUAAAAAUUAAAUGUAUUAAGUUUUACAUAUUAAUUUAACAUUUAGACUAACAUUAACAUUUAAAUUAAUAUGUUAAGUGAAUAUACUUAAUAUAUUCUAGUACGGGUAUGCUUGGAAAUAGGGCGUUUCCUUUUCGUGAAUUGAUUUCAUACAGCACAGUGGCUUAUAAGGAACCAGCAGUGUUUUUCCCUGAGUAAUUAUGAACUUAGUCAAGAUCAGAAGCUGGGUUUUGGGGUUGAGAAGGGUUCAUUUAUUUAAAUAAAGUUUCUAUUUAAAAACCUUUUUAAAAAGUUAACAUCAUAAAUAUUCUGAUAAUUUGCAUAGUAGUAAAAAUUAGAAGUUGAAAUUCUACCUAAAGCUGUAGUUGCCGUCAAUUUUGUAACAUGUGACAAAGGUUUUCCCAUAUGUCAUUUCAUUUGAUUCUCACCACAACCAUCCAAGGUUGAUGUUAUAGUCAUUUAACAUUGAGUUAACGGAAGUAGUUGAUUCACUCUCAAAGUCCCUGAGUGUGAGCUCUUCAUCCUAGCACUGUGAAGUGGUUUGCCUGCUGGGGCCUAAACUCCUCAUUCCCUUUAACAAAGCUUCACUGAGUGCUGCAGUUCUCAAAAUAUGUAAUAGUUACACAUUUUCAAACAGGUCAGGAAGCAGUUCCCAUAGCCAUCAAUACUUAAAUUCAGGAGUACUUUGUUUGUUUGUUUUAUUUUGUUUUUAGAGACAAGGUCUCGUUCUGUUGUCCAGGCUGGUGUGUAGUGGUGUGAUCAUAGCUCACUGCAGCUUCUGUCUCCUAGGCUGAAGCCAUCCUCCCAUCUCAGCCUCCUGAGAAGCUGGGGCUACAGGGAUGAGCCAUCAUGCCCAGCUAAUUUUUUAUUUUGAUUUUUUGAGAUAAGAGGUCUCACCAUGUUGCCCAGGCCUGAGGCAAUCUCCUGGUCUCAAGCGAUCUUCCCACCUCAGCCUCCUUAAUGACUGGGAUUAAAGGCAUGAGCCACUGCGCCCAGCAGGAAUGGUUAUUAUAUUCAUUGAGACAAACUGUAGUAUUUGCUGUUUGAAGUAUUUAAACAUAAUUGGCAUAUUACAAUAUGUAACACUGGCCUUAAGAUUCUAAUUUAAAAUGCUUAACAGAUUUUUAGACUUGUGAGUUUUAGUUGAAAGGUAUUUUAAAAUGUUACUAAGUCUGCAAAAGUACUGAAAUGUUUCAGAGAACUUGGAAAGUCACCAUAUGUUUAAUUUAUUAUAUUUAUGAGAGUUAAGCACUUGGGAAGGUUUUGCUAAUGGGGUCAAGCAUUUGCAAUGCUGCUUAAAAAAGAUUCAUUUUUUUAAAUGUGUAAAUGCUAUUAAGUUGUUUAAAGGAAUUUGAAUUGUAAAUGGGAUUGUUAAAACAAAUUUAGUCUGUUCAACUCAAUGAGGGCAUUUCAUUUUCUGUGAACAAAAGACCCUCUUAGACAUUAAAAAGCAGCAUGCCUCUUCCCUCAGCUAUAGUUAACUGGACCGUGGUGGUACAACUGACUCAACCCUUCUCUAAGCAGGGAUUUGUAAUUGGGAUUUAUAAUGAAAUUCCUGAUCUGGGAAAAUGGGAGGCUGGGAAUGCUAUGUCUAGGUCAUCAGCGGAGAAAGUUGGUUUGUAGAGAAUGAACAAGGAUGAAACCUAAGUGCAAAGAAAAUAAAGAUUAUCCUGCUUUAAUAGAUCA